AUUCAUCUCUUCACUUGGGCGUUGGACUCCGCAUCUUAAUAGCAACAAGGGAAAUUUCUCCAUUUUGCAGCCCGUCUGCAGCGGCACGGCCAACCGAUCUGGGAUUGUAUUGCUCGUCCCCAACCUGUCGGCUUUUCCCUGCUGUUCUGAAAAAGCCUCAGUCGCUCUCAACUGGACUUUGCUUUCGCGUUUCCCCAGUGAACUUUUUCCCUCUUUGCGCAGAGAGAGAGAGUGAGAGAGGGGAGACAGCAGCGAAGAGCUUUGCGUUUCAACAAAGAGGCUUGUGGGGUCUUUGUUCGCUUUUUUUUUUUGUGUGUGUGCGUGUGUGGGGAUCGGUUCAGUUUCUUUGUUGGAGCUAAAAGCAUGGGAGCGCAAUUGUCCAGGACAGCUGGAAAGGCUGAAACCGCGGUUGAAAAGCCCGGAGAGGUUGCUGCUGCUGCUUCACCCACAAAGACCAACGGACAGGAAAAUGGACACGUUAAAGUGAACGGGGACACCUCUCCCACCGCAGCCGAGAACAGCAAGGAGGAGGUGCAGGCCAACGGCAGUGCCGCAGCCGAGGAGAGCCCCAAGGAGGAGGCCGACAAGGCGGAGGAUGCCCCCGCCGAGGAGGCUGCGGAUGGGGAGAAGGUAGAGGCGGCCUCCCCUGCUGCCGCCGAGGGAGAGGCGGUGAAGGCAGAGGACGGCGCCGCCGCCCCGUCCGCCAGCAGUGAGACCCCCAAGAAGAAGAAGAAGCGCUUCUCCUUCAAGAAGUCGUUCAAGCUCAGCGGCUUCUCCUUCAAGAAGACCAAAAAGGAGACGGGGGAUGGAGCGGAGGGCGAGGAGGAGGCGGCAGCUGCUGGUGGUGCUGAUGCUGCGGCAUCCACAGAGGAGGCCAAGGCCGAGGGCACGGAGGAGGCAGCGGCUGCCAGCGAGGAGGCCAAGCCCGCCGAGGGAGAGGCCGCACCUGCCGCGGAGCCCGUCAAGGAGGAGGUAGAGGCCAAGCCGGAGGCGGCAGAGAAGCCUGCAGAGGAGGCCGCCGCGCCCGCAGAGGAGCCGAAGGCAGAGGAGCCGAAGGCGGAGGAGAAGCCGGCCGAGGAGGCGCCCAAGACGGAGGAGGCCGCCCCGGCCUCGCAGGAGGCGGCCGCCCCGGCCUCGCAGGAGGCGGCGUCAGCGGCGGAGGUCCCGGCCGCAGCCGCCCAGGCCGCCGAAUAAGUUUCAAGGGGGAAAGAGGGGAGAAAUUUGAAAGAAAAAAAAUGAAAAAAAGAAAGAUAAUCAAAGAACAUUUCCCUGUUUGUAUGUUGGAGUGACGCCAGGUCCUGGCUUUGAAGAACUUGUCAACAACAAGGGAUAUUUUAAAGCUUUUCUUUAUUUUUUGAUUUUUUUUUGGUUUCCAUUCCCCCCCCCCCCAACCCUUUACACAAAACCCAUCUCGGCCCCUUGUUACUUCCAUUCCAACGGGCUGUAGGGCGGUGGGUGGCUUCAAUAUGUACAACAGAUUAAAUACAUCCACACUCUGCCAUAUAUUUUUUCAUCAGUAUUACAUUUUCUUUUCCUUUUUUUUUGGAAUUUUUCUACAAAAUGUAAACAAAAUGGUAUGGACAUGCCCGUGGUAUGAAGGAGGCAGGGGGGGGGCGGAGGGGGGUGAGCUGUAAAUGAAAGGCAAGGGAGGCAAGCUCGUUGGGGGGGUAGACUAUUAAGGAAAGAGUAGUCUAAAAGAAACAAAAACUAUGAGACCAACAUCGAUACACGCCCGUAUGCUUUUUGCAACACUAAGUCAUUUUUUACAAUAAAACAAUAAAAUCCCAGAGUUAGAUUUUUUUUUUUUUUUAGGAAGUCAUAUAAACGCAUAGGAGCUUUUUCACUUCUCAUUAGCUGUACCAGUCAGUGAUUCAGUAGAAAUACAAGUUGUAUAGACUUUAUUGUUUACUGUUGGUUUUAUGACUUUAAUAAAAAAAUGUAAGUAUGUAUAGGCGGGGUGUUUUUAACUGUGAUUAUUGUACAAAAUGAAAAAAAUCUUGAUCAAGAAGCACAUGAAGUUUGCAGCUCUUUUUUUUCCACCCGCUCAUUUUUGUAAGAUAACAACGCAACACACACACACAGACAAAAAGUCAUCCCGGGUGACCUUCUUAAGCAAUUUUGAAGUCCAAACCAAGCUGUGAUAAGUGGAAUGGUUAACUGUUUAUAUACUGUGGUAUGUUUUUUGAUUACAGCAGGCGAUGCUUUUUCAGUGGUCUUUGACAAAAACUUAAGGAAUCUAUCAGAUGCAAAUGUUUGUGUAGCAUCUUGUCUCUCUCUCUCUCUCUCUCUCUCUUUUCCUUGUGUAAAUACUGGAGAAGCUUUGAUCAGUUUGACUUAGAGAUGGAAUGUAACUUUGCUUACAAAAAAAAAAAAAAAUUGCUAUUAAACUCCUCUGCUUAAGGUGUUCUAAUUUUCUGUGAGCACACUAAAAGCGAAAAAUAAAUGUGAAUAAAAAUUUGA